AACACCACUCAAAUAACUGAACAAGAAGCCGUUGUUGAAAGUUCUACUAUUACACAACCUCUUGUUGUUACUAUGAAAGUUAACCAAACAUCUGAUACUUCACCUUUGCCUUUUGAUAAAGUGAAAAAUAAAGAAACUGAUACAAUUACUAAAAUUACAACCAACAACAAAAAAGAUAAAAUGAACGUCAACGGUCCUUCUGACGUGUCUGAAAAUACUAUUGACAUUACUUUAGUAGCAUUUGCUACACCACUCCUUAGUGCUAAAAAAUUUUUCAUGUAUUAA